GCUAGUGGAGCUUCCCUCGCAUCUCAGAUCUACCGCCCCAGUACCGCGUAAGGUUCUUUCUUGUUUGCUACUCAUACUUUCUUUUGAAAUAUCUAGUACUUUAGUGUUCUAGUCCAUCUCUUUAAAUCAUCUCCUUCUCCCUCCUCUUCCCUCUUCUUCAUUGAAAUAUCAUCCUUUUCAUCAUCCGCACGGCUUCUUCAAUUAAGUCGCUCACUCUAUCUACGCACACCACGAUCCUCGGGAAAUAAAGAUCUACGCGAUUUUUAACCUCGUCGAAUUUCACCUCCGUCUACUCUUUGUCGCUCCUCCUUCUCCAUCUCCAUCCCCAUCUCCAUCUCCUGCAACGUUCAAUCAACAAGCAGCAAGCCAAACAAUCAUCGACAUUGAAAACUGCAAACGCAAACCAGCACUUAUCAAAAAGAAGAAGCUUCAAGACAGCGAUAAAUUGAUAUCGUUGGUGGAAAAGCUCAAGGUUUGAGGAUAGGUCCCUACUACUGCUUUUUUCUUCCCCAAAAAUAAGAGGAUUCUUCAAAAUCAGUUAUCUUCACCUCCACCACCCUCAUAUCCAUCACAAUCACAGAAACUACUCGCCCUCCUUCCAACUUCCAAGCAAAUCCCUUUCCAGAGUUUGCAGGUCUAUUACAAGUUGUUGUUUUACACCACAUCUGCUUCCUCCCCUAUCGACACAUCUUCUCUUAUUCGCAGUCCCCGUCAAAGCACACGCUCCAUUCCCUGCUUCCUCCGACCCCAACACCAGCACGUUUUCCUUCGAAGACUCUUCUGGUGUACAUAAAAGCGAUCAAUCCAAUUAGUCAUUUGACUUAUCUUCCAAUCCCGUUCCGAUCACUAUUCAACCUAAAGUGAAACAAAUACAAAAGAAGAAAAUUAACCAAAUAGCAAACGAAAAUGUCGGCCUCACCUACAACAGCUCCUACACAAUCCACAAAACGUCCUCUUGAGGAUCCAUCGUCCCCUUCUGCACCAAGCGAUCAACCAGAUGCCAAGCGUCCUGCUUUAGACAAGAUUGUAAAGGGUGAAGAUGAUGCAGAGAAGAAACCAUCCGUCAUUGAAACUGAACUCCCAGUCCUCACCAAUCCAAACGGAGAUGCAAAACCCGAUGAAGCCAAUGGAAUCAAAGAAGAAGUAAAGGAUGCUCAGGGAGAUACUGAAGUCGUUGACGCUCCUACUACUGAAGCAGCACAACCAAUUCAAACAACGGUCCCUGCUAAAACCGAGGGCGCUUCCUCUGGGAAUGCUCUCCCACACGACGAAAGUGGAUGGAUCCAUGUUCGAUCCGUCAUUACAAGUGCCGAAGCUGCUACCGUUAUUGGCAAGGGAGGGGAAAAUGUUUCCUUGGUCCGAAAGCUUUCUGGUGCAAAAUGUACAGUCAGCGAUUAUCAAAAGGGUGCAGUGGAGAGAAUUUUGACUGUCAGCGGUGUUGUUGAUGCAGUAGCUAAGGCAUUUGGUUUGAUAAUUCGAACAUUGAACAAUGAACCUCUCGAAGCUCCUUCGGACUCUACCUCGAAGACAUACCCUCUUCGCCUUCUUAUUCCACAUAUCUUGAUUGGCUCUAUAAUUGGUAAAGGUGGUGUUCGGAUCAAAGAGAUCCAAGAAGCUUCAGGGGCUCGUUUGAAUGCUUCCGAUUCAUACCUUCCACUCUCAACUGAGAGAUCGCUUGUCGUUCUUGGUGUUGCAGAUGCCGUUCAUAUUGCAACCUAUUAUGUGGGUAGCACUUUGUUUGAACAAUUGACAGAGAGAUUCGGUGGUCCCGCUGCAUCUGCUUAUGCAUCAAGAAGCGGUGGACCUGCAGGUGUGGUUCCAGGUGGUAUGCAGGUUGUUCCAUAUGUUCCACAACCAGCUGGUGGAAACUAUGGUCACCCUGACAACCAUCGUCGUUCUGACCGUGGAUCUCACCAUACUCCUGGAAACAGCUAUGCCCAACCAUACGGUCAAGGACAGGCACCUCACCAACAGCCAGCUGCCGCUGCACAUUACGGUGGGCACGCUUCUCCAGCCGUUGGUGGUUAUGGUGGAGUGGGUCCACAACAACCACAACAAGCUGGCCACGCUGUUCCUCAACCACAUGGUGCUACUGGCCCACAAGGUCAACCUAUGCCAGGUGCCAUUCCUGGUCAACCUUUGACACAACAAAUCUUCAUUCCAAACGAUAUGGUUGGAGCUAUAAUUGGUAAAGGUGGUGCCAAAAUUAAUGAAAUCAGACAACUCAGUGGUAGUGUCAUUAAGAUCAAUGAGCCGCAAGAUAAUUCAAAUGAGAGAUUGGUUACAAUUACAGGAACCGCAGAGUGUAAUCAAAUGGCCUUAUACAUGCUCUACUCAAGGCUAGAGAGUGAACGUCACAGAGCUUCAAGCUAAAUCUAAAUUGAUAUAUGAAAAGGGUUAGAUAUGGGGAAGGAAAAGGAAUUCCUUUGGCAGUAUGUGUUAUUAACAAUCAGAAAUGAAUCUUUUUAUGGAUGUUAGUGGCCUGGUUGGCGGAAUGGUGGUUUGCUUGCUUUUUCAUGGCGUAUAUUUCCCUUGGGAGUGAAAACAUCUCUCUAAGCAAUUGAUAAAAAAAAAGUUAAUGAUGGGAGAAUGAGAUCCUGAUUGAUUGAUGGGAAUCUGACCCGCGAUUUAUAUGGGAAAUCAAGUGCAUGGAAAAGAGAAUGAUGCGAAAGAUGCUAAUAGGGAAACUGAUAUGCAAGGAAAAUCAUGAUGCACGAUGCAAGAUAGGCUAGGGUGAUACGAAUUGUGAAAAUUUGUUAUGUUAUGAUGAUAUGAGGUUCUCUUGACUGUGUUUGUGAAAUUGGAGAUGGAUUUGAAAUUGAGAUGAGAUGAGGUGGGUUGAUGUGAUGUGAAGUCAGGAGGUGGAAUGGCGAUAUA